UCAACGCGCUGCGGGGCUGGAAGCCGUAGGGGGGGUCUUGCGGGGGUCCCGGCCCCGCGCCAUGCAGGACGCCCUGGACGCCUGGCAGGAGCUGCAGGAUGACUUCCACCAGCUCCAGGAAACCCACAAAAUUUACAAGCAGAAAUUGGAGGAGCUCACAAGCGUGCAGGCGGCCUGCAGCAGUUUCCUAAAGAAGCAGAAAGAGAGGCUGAAGGAGUUGCAGAAAAACUUUAAAAGAUGCGACAGCCAGGGCAGCUCAGAAACGGAGCUCAUCCUGCAGAUCAACAACCAGAUCCGCGAUCACCAGAAUGUUUUCUUCGACAUGGAGGCCUAUUUGCCAAAGAGGAACAG